AUGAAGCUCCGGUGGGCCGCCGCAGCGUGCCUCGCGCCGCUGACCCAGGGUUUUGUCCCAGCUCGCACUGCUGCUGCCCGAUCCGCCGUCGUCGUGCGCUCCGAGCCAAUUGAGAUCAAUGCGCCAACUGUCUACAGCCAUUGGAGCGCGAACGUGAACGAGGAGGCGUGUCCCCGGCGUCAAUGACUGCUUUUCGGACGCCUCCUGCCCCAGAACGUCGAGGCCAGCAACCUAUUACGCGCAGGUCCAGACCAUCCGCGCCCAGGAGAUGUACACCGCGCUCAAGACGCACAAGUACGAGCGCGAGGCGCGCGCCGCGGCGCUCGAGGACCACAAGUCCUUCUUCGCGGGCCUCCUCGGCCGCGCCGACUCGAAUGCGCGGGCUGUUAACCCGGCAACCGACCCCUCCCUGGCCAAGGCCGCCGUCGCGGCGCGCCGGUCCUGA